AGCAGCCACAGUCAUGCAGGCCGUAUCCUUGUAUUCAUCGACCGUUCUUCUUGUGGUCCUCGCUGUCUUCAUGGGAUGCACUGUCCAUGCUCAGGAGCAUGACCGGUCUUCGCGGCCGUUCAGUCGCUUGCAGUCGACCACGGGGGCCAGCAGUUCUUCAUCCAGUUCUGUCACCUCGAAACAAGAGUCGUCGGAUAAGCAGACAGAUGACGACUUUACCAAGCCAUCCAGCCGCGCCGGUUACCUCUUGAAUCUGACCAAAAACACCUUCAAUCCGGUGCAGGUUUUCAAAGAUGCGAUGAACACCAAAGGUUUCAAGGCCAUCCUGGAUAACCCCGACAUCCAACACCGAGUCUUGAAGGACUUUCCUCUUCUGGGGGCGCUGACUGGCUUCAGUACGAUCAAAGACAAUCGACGACUUAGCGCCGAAGAGGUAAGAUGGCAAAUCAGGGGAAAGAGGAGGAGGAAGAGGGAGGGAAACCUGAUCUAUGGACGAGGGAAUGACGAGACCCUCAACGCACAGACCAAAAACAGUUUCUCCACGGGCAUGAACACGCUGCUGAACCUCGCCGACGACGCCUUCUUCAACAAGGUGAAUGAGCCGGACAAAGUCUCCGCCACCCUGGCUAAAAUGGCGGCUUCCUCCGACCCCGGCAUCCAGAACCUCUUCAAGCGUGCGCGGGCCGGAGAGCAAGGGGCGGUGGAGGAGCUACAGGACGAGUUUGUCAAUCAGCAUUACUCAGGAAUGGAUGGGAAAGCCUUUCGAGAAAUUACCAAGCAACACAACGGUGACAAAUUCAAGCAGAUGCCUGAGAUGAUGCACUUCAUUCAAAAAGAUGCCAGCUUGGCCAAAGCGUUCGAAGACUUGUCCCGCAUGCGUGACUCGGACUUCCCGCCUACUGAGAAGGAGAUGAUGGCAACAGUUGAAUUGUAAACUAAACUCAAGAGAGAAAUGGUUUAAGGGUGAGCGAAUCCGAAGGGGAACAGGAAGUGAAGAUGGAGGUAAGAGGGAAGUGUUGCCAACGCGAACAGCUCCGCCUUCCAGGUCAAGAAGAAAAAAAAGUACGGAUAUGAGAGGAAAGAAUCAAAGUGUGUCUCAAGUAAA